AUGAAGUUCGCAUCUCUCUUCGUCCUCCUCCCCGCCCUCGCCCUGGCCUUCCCAGCACAGCAGCCGCAAGCCAGAGACAUCGACAACAAUCUUCAGCGCAGAUUCACAUGCCCUCCCAACGUGCAGGAUUUCUGCUCCGCUUCCAACAUUCACUCGGGUUGUGAGAAUGGCAAGUUUUACUCGGGGGCUAUGGAUACGUGCCGAGAAUGCCGCUGUUAA